AUGGAUGCAGGCUUGGAGGCGGAUGAGUACACCGACGACGACGACCCGGGCUUCUGGCGCAUCGACAUGACGGGCCAGGAGUCGGCGUUCGAUGACCUGGAGGCUCGCGCGUCCGAAUCCUCCUGGCGUGGCGCCUACGCGACCGUGCCCGGCGCCAGCCCCCUCUCCACCACCGGCAGCCUGAGCGAGGCCGCGCCCGGCCACUCCCGCCGCUCCUCCAUGGAUGCGGGGGAGCCCUUUGUGUACGACGCGGAGGAGUUUGACCGCCGAUUUGAGGAGCUGAGCCUGCGGGUGGUGCACCGCCGCGGCGCCACCGGGUUCGAGGAGACCAAGGAAUUCGACAUCCACCUGGACGACGUGCUGGCCGGGCGUUACCAGGUGGUGGAGCUCCUGGGCAAAGCCGCGUUCUGCCGCGCGGUGCAAGCGCUCGACACCAAGACCGGCCUCCGCGUCUGCCUCAAGAUCAUCAAGAACAGCAAGGAUUACUUUGACCAGAGCCUGGACGAGAUCAAGGUACUGCGCUACGUCAACGCCGCCGACCCGGGGGAUGAGGAAGGCAUCCUGCGCCUCUACGACUACUUUUACUACCGCGAGCACCUGAUCCUGGUCACCGAGCUCCUGCGCGCCAACCUCUUCGAGUUCCAGCGGCACAACCGCGCCAGCGGCGCGCCGCCCUACUUCACGCGGCCCCGCAUCGCCAGCAUCGCGCGCCAGGUGCUGCGCUCCCUGGCCUUCCUGCACUCCCUGGACCUCAUGCACGCCGACCUGAAGCCGGAGAACAUCGUCAUGCGCUCCUACUCUCGCUGCCAGGUCAAGAUCAUCGACCUGGGGUCCUCCUGCUUCCUCACCGACCACCUCAGCACCUACGUGCAGAGCCGGUCGUACCGCGCGCCGGAGGUCAUCCUGGGCCUGCCAUACGACCAGAAGAUAGACCUGUGGUCCCUGGGCUGCAUCCUGGCGGAGCUCAGCUCCGGCAAGGUCCUGCUCCAGAACGAGUCGCUGGUGACGCUGCUUGCGCGGCUGGAGAGCAUCCUGGGGGCCGUGCCGCGGCACAUGCUGCGCCGGGGCAGGUUCAGCCACAAGUACUACACGCGCGACGGGCGCCUGUUCGAGCGCAACCGCCACACGCACCGCCUGGAGUACCUGAAACCCAAGCGCACCUGCCUGGCACGGCGCCUGCCGGACGCCGACGCAGGCAUGGUCUCUUUUCUCCAGCUCCUCCUCCAGGUGGACCCGGCCAAGAGGCCCACAGCAGAGGAAGCCCUCGCCCACCCCUGGCUGACCUCGUUUGAGGAUGGCGGCUUGUGA